AUGAGCGGCCGUCGGACGUUGCUGCGUGGAGGCUGGGCCGUCCGUGCCUUUUCAUCGAUACCAUCGCGCACGCCGGUCCGUGUCCGCUUUGCUCCCUCGCCGACAGGGUUCUUGCAUGUAGGCGGGCUACGCACGGCGCUUCUCAACCAUUUGCUCGCACGGCAUACCGGAGGCACAUGGGUACUCCGCAUUGAAGAUACCGAUCAAUCGCGCUUGGUCCCAGGCGCGACACAAGCUCUCCAAGAGUCUCUCGCAUGGGCCGGCUUACACUAUGAUGAAGGCCCUGAUCGUGAAGGCGCCUACGGACCGUACGUGCAAUCCCAGCGCCUCGCGCUGUACCGUGCGUACGCCGACCGACUCCUAGCGGAGGGCAAGGCCUACCGCGACUUCCGGCCACCUGUGCCACGCGACAUGAACGCACGCACGUCGGCACUCCUUCGCGAAGCGUACCUCCCACCGUCCAACGAAGAGGCACAGGCCCGUUUAGCACGGGGCGAGACGUGUGUCAUUCGUCUGCGUAUGGAUGCUGCGCGCACAUAUACCUACGAAGAUGCCGUGUACGGCACGAUGACGUUCAAGCCUGAUGUGAUGGCAGGCGUGACGGACGACCCCAUCAUCGUCAAAAGCGAUGGAUGGCCGACGUACCACCUCGCGAGCGUUGUAGACGAUACCGAAAUGCGCAUUACACAUGUGCUGCGUGGCGAAGAAUGGAUCCCUUCCAUGCCCAAGCACUUGGCGCUCUACGAAGCCUUUGAGACGCCGCCACCCGUGUUUGCUCACUUGCCUCUCUUAAUCAAUGCAGAUGGCACAAAGCUCUCGAAACGAUCCGGCGACGUACGUGUGGAAGAUUACAAGCAGCGUGGAUGGGAACCAGAAACGCUCGUCAACCUCGUCGCGUUGACUGGCUACCACCAUCGCGAUACAACAUCGCCAGAUCACGACGUGAAGACCAUGACACAGCUGGUGGAGCAUUUUGACAUUACGCACAUUGCGCACGCACGCGCCACGUUGCCCCUGGAUAAACUGGCCUACCUGAACCGCCAUCAUAUGGCACGCAAAAUUGAGGCGGCCACCACAGCCUCCGACGCUGGCGUACGUGACGAGGUAGUGACACGCUUGCGGGCGGCGCUCACACGUGACGUGCCAGACGCGCUGCCGGUAUCGGAGGCCUACCUCCUGGAGGCCGCGCGGCUCGGGCAGCAGCGUGUCGAUACGCUGGACGCAAUUCCCGCCCAGACAGCCUACCUAUUCCGCGAACCGGAUUGGAGUUCGCCCGCAUGCCAGGCCUUCCGGGCCUCUGUCCCUACGCCCACGUUCCGCCACGUCGUGCAAGCCGCAUAUACCUUCUUUUGUACUACCAAGAGCGCUCGAAACGACUGGGCCACAUGGAUGAAGGACCAAGUCGCACACCUCCCUGGAUCAGGUGGGAAAGCUGCCGUCCAAAAGAGCGUACGUAUUGCACUGACAGGGGAACGAGCAGGCCCACCUGUCGCAGAAAUUGCCGAUGUCCUGGGCCUAGAUCGUGCUGCUGAGCGUAUGGAGGCCGCUCUUGCAUGGGAUGAGACACAUGCACCAUCAUGA